UCUCCUCACAAGAGGAGGGGGUACAGGACACUAAGAUGUGCUGAGAGAGAAAGAGGGCGACCGCAUUCACGUAACUUGUUACGUAUUCUUUUUGCAGAUGUUAAAGGAUUUACCAACCUCUCCACAACCUUGUCUGCCCAGGAGCUGGUCAGGAUGCUCAACGAGCUCUUUGCCAGAUUUGAUCGACUGGCCCACGAGCAUCACUGCCUUCGCAUUAAAAUCCUGGGGGACUGUUACUACUGUGUUUCAGGGCUUCCAGAGCCCCGCCAGGACCACGCCCACUGCUGCGUUGAAAUGGGCCUCAGCAUGAUCAAAACCAUCAGGUAUGUGAGGUCAAGGACGAAGCAUGAUGUUGACAUGCGGAUCGGAAUCCACUCGGGCUCGGUGCUGUGUGGCGUGUUGGGUCUGAGGAAGUGGCAGUUUGAUGUCUGGUCUUGGGACGUGGACAUCGCGAACAAACUUGAGUCUGGAGGAAUCCCUGGGAGGAUUCACAUUUCCAAAGCCACGCUGGACUGCCUCAACGGUGACUAUAAUGUGGAAGAGGGUCAUGGUAAAGAGAGAAACGAAUUCUUGAGGAAGCAUAACAUAGAGACCUAUUUGAUUAAGCAGCCUGAGGAGAGCCUACUGACGUUGCCCGAAGACAUUGUCAAGGAGUCGGUGAGCUUCUCAGACAGGAGAAACAGUGGGGCGACAUUCACAGAAGGAUCCUGGAGCCCCGAACUGCCCUUUGAUAACAUAGUGGGGAAACAGAACACUCUGGCUGCCCUAACAAGAAAUUCAAUAAAUCUACUUCCAAACCAUCUUGCACAAGCUUUGCAUGUCCAGUCUGGGCCUGAGGAAAUUAACAAGAGAAUAGAACAUACCAUCGACUUGCGGAGUGGCGAUAAAUUGAGAAGAGAGCAUAUCAAGCCAUUCUCACUGAUGUUUAAAGACUCCAGCCUGGAGCACAAGUAUUCUCAAAUGAGGGAUGAAGUAUUCAAGUCAAACUUGGUCUGUGCAUUUAUCGUUCUCCUAUUUAUCACGGCAAUACAAAGUUUGCUUCCUUCUUCAAGGGUGAUGCCAAUGGCCAUCCAGUUUUCCAUCCUGAUCAUGCUGCACUCGGCUCUGGUCCUCAUCACCACGGCAGAAGAUUACAAGUGUUUGCCUCUCGUCCUCCGGAAAACUUGCUGUUGGAUUAACGAGACCUACUUAGCCCGGAACGUCAUCAUCUUUGCAUCCAUCUUGAUUAACUUCCUGGGCGCCAUCUUGAAUAUCCUGUGGUGUGAUUUUGACAAGUCGAUACCCUUGAAGAACCUGACUUUCAAUUCCUCAGCUGUGUUUACAGAUAUCUGCUCCUGCCCAGAGUACUUCGUCUUCACUGGGGUGUUGGCCAUGGUGACCUGUGCGGUUUUCCUCCGCCUGAACUCUGUCCUGAAGCUGGCCGUGCUGCUGAUUAUGAUUGCCAUCUACGCGCUGCUGACUGAGACCGUCUACGCGGGCCUCUUCCUGCGCUAUGACAACCUAAACCACAGCGGAGAAGAUUUCCUGGGGACCAAGGAGGCGUCACUGCUGCUGAUGGCCAUGUUCCUCCUUGCCGUGUUCUACCACGGACAGCAGCUGGAGUACACGGCCCGCCUGGACUUCCUUUGGCGAGUGCAGGCCAAAGAGGAGAUCAACGAGAUGAAGGAGCUCAGGGAGCACAAUGAGAACAUGCUCCGGAACAUUCUACCCAGCCACGUGGCCCGCCACUUCCUGGAGAAAGACCGAGACAACGAGGAGCUGUAUUCCCAAUCUUAUGAUGCCGUCGGGGUGAUGUUCGCCUCCAUCCCGGGGUUUGCAGACUUUUACUCUCAGACUGAGAUGAAUAACCAGGGGGUAGAAUGCCUGCGUCUGUUGAAUGAGAUCAUUGCUGACUUCGAUGAGCUGCUAGGCGAAGACCGGUUUCAGGACAUUGAAAAGAUUAAGACCAUCGGCAGCACCUACAUGGCCGUGUCGGGCCUGUCACCUGAAAAACAGCAAUGUGAAGACAAGUGGGGACAUCUGUGUGCCCUGGCCGACUUCUCCCUCGCCCUGACCGAAAGCAUACAGGAGAUCAACAAACAUUCCUUCAACAAUUUCGAACUCCGGAUUGGCAUCAGUCACGGCUCCGUGGUAGCUGGGGUCAUCGGCGCUAAGAAGCCACAAUAUGACAUUUGGGGCAAAACUGUGAACCUGGCGAGCCGAAUGGACAGCACAGGGGUCAGCGGCAGGAUCCAAGUCCCCGAGGAGACCUAUCUCAUCCUGAAGGACCAGGGCUUUGCCUUCGACUACCGAGGGGAGAUCUACGUGAAGGGCAUCAGUGAGCAGGAAGGAAAAAUCAAAACGUACUUUCUCCUGGGAAGAGUCCAACCCAACCCGUUCAUCCUGCCCCCGAGAAGACUGCCCGGGCAGUACUCACUGGCCGCGGUCGUCCUGGGCCUUGUCCAGUCCCUCAACAGGCAAAGGCAGAAGCAGUUGCUCAAUGAGAACAUCAACACAGGGAUCAUCAAGGGCCACUACAACCGGCGGACUUUGCUGACAGCCAGUGGGCCAGAGCCCGGGGCCCAGGCUGAGGGCGCCGACAAGUCCGACUUGCCAUGA